GGUCAGCGGCCGGCAAUCAGUGUUCGCUCUGAGCAUGUCUUUUGGUAGCGGCUGGAUGGCCUAAAAGCCGCGAAAUUCUUUCUUGUCUUCCUCGAUCCUCGCUUCCUCUGCCUUCCUUCUGAUCUUCUCAAAUAGCCAACCGCACCUUCUACAAUGCACUGGCCUUCCCAUAUCGUUCAUUCCGAUUGAUUUCAAUGUUCCCAAGAAUGGCCAUGAAUCGACGCGAAUAGCAGCAGCGCACCGCUUUCCUUUUCCUCUACCACAUGGAGGCUUCGGCCAGAAUCUUCAAUUCCUCCGCGCUCAAUCGCCAUUUCUCCAGUCCCGUUCUUCUCAGAGCUCGCCCACUCAAACGCCACGGCGUCUUCCCCGUCCUUCCCCCGUGCCGGCAAAUCACAGUCCGUCCCAAACCUUUCUCAAUCCGUUGCUCCACUCGCUUUAUCGCCCCGCCCUUUCCUCCAAGUUCGGGCCCCCUAGGGUUCUUCCAGUCCCUCUCCGCAUACCAGUCCACUGAUUAUUCUUUCAGCAAAAACUUCGAUCCCAUCGUUUCCGAUUCCAAGGAAAAAUACUUAAAGUGGAAUUUCGCUUCAGAGCUCGGAGAUUCAGGGCUUUUCGGCGAAAGGGGGCCUGCUGUGACGGUGGUGUUGUUGGGAUGGCUGGGAGCGAAGCCGAAACAUUUGAAGAGAUAUGCCGAGCUGUACACUUCGAGAGGCAUUCAUGCUGUGACGUUCGUUGCGCCGGUGGCGGACGUGCUUUCGUUUGAUUUGGGGAGGAAAUUGCAGGAGAGGAUAUCGGCAUUGGCGGCCGAGCUAGGUUCAUGGUUGUCUGAGACCGAGACCGAUGGGAGAGACCGCUUCUUGCUUUUCCACACCUUCAGCAAUACCGGCUGGCUUGCCUAUGGAGCCAUUCUUGAGAAUUUGCAACAUAGACAAGACUUACUGAUGAAGAUCAAAGGCUGCGUUGUUGAUUCUGGAGGGGACCCAGAUAUAAAUCCUAAGGUCUGGGCAGCUGGAUUUACUGCUGCCCUGCUGAAAAAGCGCGGCUCAUCGGUAUAUCCUUCUGCAGAGGCUGAGGAAGGAAUGGAAAGCGAGGCAAGGCUCUCCAAAAGACAAGGAGGGCCCCUAUCAGUUGAAAUCAUGCUUUUGCUAGUAUUUGAGAAGCUUUUCUCCUUUCUUCUGAACUUGCCUGAUGUAAAUGAGAGGUUGACAAAUAUUAUCUGUACCCUCCGGAAAAACCAGCCUCCUUGUCCUCAGCUUUACCUCUACAGUACAGCCGACAAAGUGAUUCCAUGGCAGUCGGUGGAGUCGUUCAUCGAGGAGCAGAGGAGGAUGGGAAGAGAAGCGCGGUCUUCUAACCUGGGCUCGUCCCCUCAUGUGGACCAUUACAGGACUUUCCCUGACAUGUACUCAUCACUAGUCCAGAAUUUCUUGAGAGAGUGCUUGGCCAUGGAAGGAAAACUGCUGCAAAACUGAGAGAGUGAGUGAGAGAGAGAGAGAGAGAGAUUAACUUGUUACCCUUGAACUGCUUUCGGGACUCAAAGAGAGAUUAACUUGUUAUCCUUGAACUGCGUUCGGGACUCAAACAUGGAUGGAAAUGGAGUACUUGCUAUAUAAAUUGUGAGCAGAGAAUGAAUUGUAAUGGCUGAAUCAUUUUGGAUGGGCUCAA